CUAAUUCUAGUUUUGAAUAAAGUCAAAAUUUACUAUUACACGUAAGCAAUAGACACCAAAGAAACCCAAAGGGAAGGGGUUCCAGCGCAAGUUCGGCAGAAGCAAGUAAGCAGCAUCCCAGCCCGGAAUCUUAAUCGUUGUCAACCCCCAUCAUUUGUCACCCUCCCCAAAAUUGUUAGACGCUCGAGAGUUUUAAUUUUUUUUAAACUCCCGCUAGCAAGAAACAGUGAGUGGGGGGCGUACUCCUCGGUCCACUGCUCAUGUUAGCGGCAGCAACCACCGAACCAUGAUCUGCCUCUACCUCACCCAACCCUCUUCCUCUUUUCCAUUUUCUUUCAAGCCUUCUCUCACACUCUCUUCAAUAUCCAAAUUUAAACCACCCCUUUAUCACCUUACCAAAACCAACAAAAAGAAGAAGAUUAAGGGAGGGAUAUGCAGGGCGGAGUUUUCGCCGGACGCGCCCCUCGCUGCCGCAAUCGGCGCGUGCAUGCUUAGUUCACUGCUUCUUCCUGCCACCGAUACGGAGGAUGAAGAUGGUGGUAAUUCGAUUAUUGAUGCGGAUACGAGGUUUGCGGCUAUGGGAAUCAUCAGCCUUAUCCCUUACUUCAAUUGGCUGAGUUGGGUUUUUGCUUGGCUUGAUACUGGGAAGCGGCGCUACGCCGUGUAUUCUAUUGUAUACUUGGCUCCUUACCUCAGGUCAAAUUUGUCUCUUUCCCCAGAAGAUAGCUGGCUUCCUAUUGCUAGCAUAAUAUUUUGCAUUGUCCAUGUCCAGCUGGAAGCAAGUAUAAAAAAUGGUGAUCUUCAAGGAUUUCAAAUAUUUAGCGAGGCUGCUAAGCAUCUUUCAUCAAGGAGUAGAGAGGAAGAUAAACUUUUCAAAGGGCAUAAAGAACCUGAGGUGAGAAAAGGAGAAUAUAGGAAUUUGCCUGAUGCUGAAGAACAAUCAGGAAAUGAGAUCCGGCGUUGGAGAAUUCCUAGAAAGCCCUCACAACAUCAUGAACAGUCAAAUGGAGAUUGGGAUGACGAUGGAAGAAGUGAACACUAGAAUGACAGGCAUCAUAACUCAGCUUGGUUAAUUGUAAUAUUUGGAUCCGCAUGAAUGCUAGUGUUUUUAAUGUUGAUGAUAUCAAAAACAUACAAAAUAUGAGUAUAAGAAAAGAGGCACAGAUUGGUACAGUCAGAAAGGAGGAAGGAGGUUUUCCAUGGUUGAUAUCUUUAGUUGUGGAAACUCAAAGAAGCUCAUUACUGUCUUUAAUAUUUCUUUUUAACAACUUUUUAUGUAAUUUACUUAUGGUCUUUUCAGGCAACUAGUGCCUGAACCAUAUUGCUCAUUCUAAUCUUCAAAAGAUAUGAAGGAAACAACAGGUCAAUGUAAGCUGUUUAAUUAUGAAUGCUAAACUGUUGAUUAAUUUCAUCCGUUGUUGAUUUCUCUUAAUCAAAUGAAUGAAUUACCUUGUGGAAUUUGGACAGAUGAAGGCAACAUACGGGCCUUGGAGUAUUCUACCUUUGGAGCUCAUUUAUCAGUUCCAAACCCACAUCAAACAUUUUGACCCAAUUAGUUGUAUUAUUUCUCUUCUCACCUAGAGAUUUUAGUUCCAAAACCCAAACACAACAUUUUUGUAAUGUUCCAGGUCUUUUUA